AUGGUGGUUCCCAUACGGACUGGCCUCCUCAGGCAAGCAGCGACCUGCCUCCGCCAAAAUCGAGCGACGCCCGUCCGCACUCUCUCCCGCGAUGCCGCCAUCCGAAGACUGGCGUCCACAUUGGCCAUCCUGGAGCAGCGGGAUGGCAAGCUGAACAUGUCCUCGCUCGCCUCUGUCACCGCCGCAAUGAAGAUGGGAGGCAGCGUCCAUGGCUUCUUGGCUGGAUCCAACAUCAAAGCCGUGGCCGACGAAGCCGCCAAGGUUGAAGGAUUGGAGAAGAUCAUCUACGUGGAGAAUGGCGACUAUGACCGUGGCCUGGCGGAGAACUGGGCCCCGCUGCUCGUGGAGAACAUCAAAAAGGGUGGAUACACACAUGUCAUGGCGGGACAUUCAGCAUUUGGCAAGGGCUUACUUCCCAGAGUGGCRGCAAUGAUGGACGUCCAGCAGAUUUCAGACAUUACCGAGAUUCAAGGAGAAGACACCUUUGUUCGCCCCAUCUAUGCUGGAAACGCCAUUUUGACUGUUCAAAGCGCGGACAACCCGAAGAUUGUCACCGUUCGAGGAACCGCUUUUGCAUCUGGAGCAGCGGAGGGUGGCAGCGCUAGCACAGAGGAGGGAACAGAUCCCAAGGCCGAAUGCCCAACACAGUGGGUUAGUGAGGAUCUUGCGAAGAGCGAUCGCCCCGAGCUUGCAUCGGCGGAGAAGGUGGUCAGUGGAGGGCGAGGAUUGAAGUCAAAGGAGGAAUUCGACCGUCUCAUGCCCCCGCUCGCAGACGCACUCGGUGCGGCCAUCGGCGCCAGUCGUGCGGCGGUGGACUCUGGCUUUGCGGAUAACAGUCUGCAAGUUGGGCAAACGGGGAAGAAUGUGGCUCCUCAGCUAUAUCUCUGCGCGGGUAUCUCGGGUGCCAUUCAGCAUUUGGCGGGAAUGAAGGACUCCAAGGUCAUUGCAGCGAUCAACAAGGACCCCGACGCGCCUAUUUUCCAGGUCGCGGACGUGGGACUUGUGGGUGAUUUGUUCGAAAAGGUACCCGAGCUUACUGAGAAGCUCAACAGCGCGUGA